AUGGACAGGGACGUCGUGGGUGUAGAGGCAGUACAGGAGGGGGCUCAGCACACAGCCCUGUGGAGAGCCGGUGCUCAGCGUGUGAAUGGAGGAGAGGUGGGGGCCGAGUCUCACAGUCUGGGGUCGGGUAUCCUGUCGUGGCCUAACCUCAGUCCAGAGACCGUGCUGUUCUUCAGAGGACGGGUCGAACCACCUCACAACAGCCAGGAUGAUCUCAGAGACGACCUGUCCGCCCAGGAGGGGCAGGCUCUGCUCUGUCUACCGGAAGAGUCCUCCACCCAGCUGGGGGAGGGGCCCGAGCCGAGCGAGACCUCACACGACAGCAUUCGCUCAUCUGACACGGUCCGGCUUCGGUGCUCCUGCCAGCCCGCACACAGUCGCACCAAACACCACUCUGGAUCCAACGUGAGCUUCAGCCAUGAUACUGAGGGAGGCGAGGACGACCAGGCCCAGGACUUUGCAAUGGGCUGUCCAGAGGCGGAGGCAGAGGACUUUGUGUGUGACUACCACCUGGAGAUGCUGAGCCUGUCACAGGACCAGCAGAACCCAACCAGCAUCCAGUUUGAUCAUCUCUCCUGGCAGUGCCACCUGCCCUCCCUCAAGCCACUGGGCCUCAACAUCAUGCUGAACCUCUGCAACGCCAGCGUCACCCAGCAGCUCUGCCGCUUCUCUGACCACCUGUCCAACCUGGCUCUGCAGGAGAGCCACGGCUCUGUACUGCCUGUCUACGUACCCUGGGGGCUCUGUGAGCUCUCCAGGCUCAUAGGAUUCACUCCCGGUGCAAGGGAGCUGUUCAAACAGGAGAACCACUUGGCUCUGUACCAGCUGCCAUCUGGAGAGAAAACCAAGGAGUUAACCUCCCGCCACCUUCAUUACUUCACCAAACGCCAGCCUCCCAUGUCCCACCUCAUCUCUCUGUUCGUACGAGACUCCUCCUCCAAUAACAUCCAGAUGCUGUCACAUGGCUCGGCUGACCUCAUCCUGGAAGCCUGCACUGACUUCUGGGAUGGAACUGAUAUCUACCCCCUGUCGGGCUCAGACAGAAAGAAGGUCCUGGACUUCUACCAGCGGGCCUGUCUGUCAGGUUACUGCUCAGCCUUUGCCUACAAACCCAUGCAAGUGUCACUGUCAAGCCAACUCAAUGGGAAGUGUGUAGAACUGGCCCCCGGUCCCAGCCUCUUCUCUGGAGUGGAGCUGCCCUCCACCACCCCCAUCAAAUACAACUCCUGUAGGAACAGCUGGAGCUCAGAUGAGGGUAUAGGUGAGGGGGUGGAGCGUGAGGACUGCGUCCAGGCCCUGAGUGGGCAGAUCUUCAUGGGAAUGGUGUCGUCUCAGUUCCAGGCGAGGCUGGACACAGUCCGGCUUAUCGAUGCCCUGGUCACAGCUUGCAUCCGCUUUGUUUACUUUUCUAUGGAGGAUGAGCUCCGCAGCAAGGCCAAGCUACCUCGUGGGAUCCACCAGGUCCGUCCUCAUCUGAAGAACAUUGAUAAUGUGCCUCUUUUGGUGCCACUCUUCACUGACUGCACCCCUGACACCAUGUGUGAGAUGAUGAAGAUCAUGCAGGAGAACAGGGAGGUUACAUGCUGUCUGGGAAGCUCCGCCAAUUUCCGCAACAGCCGCCUGUUCCUACAGAGUGACAUCAGCAUCGCUCUGGACCCUCUGUACCCGUCUCAGUGUUUGUGGGAGACAUUUGGCUGUGCCACCGGAGGAGGCUUCAACGGAGACGCUGAGGGUCUGUCUCCUCUGAGGCUCUCAGGACAGCUCAACAGUCUGGGCUGCUCUGUCACCUUCCACAAAGGAGAGAGCGUCAGCAUGGUCAAGCUCAUAGAGCAGGCGCGACACACGACCUAUGGCAUCCGCAAAUGCUUCCUCUUCCUGCUGCAGUGUCAGCUCAGUCUGGUCAUCAUCCAGUUCUUAGCCUGUCUGGCUCAGCUUCCUCCUCCAAUGAAUACCACUGACAUCCUCUGGCUGUCCUGCUUCAGCUGCCCACUUCUAAGUGUGUCACUUCUGGGGAAGCCUCCAGACACUUCAGUCAUGGCAGUUGCCACAGGGAAGAACCUAGAUGCCAUUCCAAGAAAGACCCAGAACUACUUCCUUGGCUGUUUCCUGUUGAAGUUUGCUCUGACAGUGUGUGCCUACCUGUUGGCCUUUGGGUUUACGCUGCAGGAGGUCUGCCUAAGCAGAGGCAACAACACCACCAUCACCUGCCACAUACUCACAGCCAGCUCUUCAGACGAGGCUCCUCAGUGGUUCAGUGAGCUGUCUAAUGGCCUGCUGCUGACUCAGAAGGUCAUGGCAGGGUUCCUCGUCUUACACACAGUGGUGAUCUCCCUCAGCUACGUCCACCGCUCUCAGCCUCUGUGGAGAAAGAGUCCGUUCAGCAAUACCUGGUGGUGUCUCACUGUACCUGUGGUCAGGUAGCUGCAUCUGUCUGAGUGGGACUCCAGCUUGGAUGAGG